AAACCACUCCUCACAGGCCACAGCCGCCUUCAGCUCGCAAUGGAUUCAUCUUCUCAAUGGCUUCUUCUCUUUGUGUCCCUCCAGCUUCUCUCGGGACCGCUGGCAGCCGUGGUGGCCGGAGGCGGCGAUGGUUCGGAGGAAUUCCUCGAGCGAGCUAGGGAGUCGGAAUUUUUUGAGUGGAUGGUUGGGAUUAGGAGGAGGAUACACGAGAAGCCGGAACUCGGGUACGAGGAAUUCGAGACCAGUGAGCUCGUUCGAAGCGAGCUGGAUCGGAUGGGAAUUUCUUACAAGCACCCAGUCGCCGUCACCGGCGUGGUCGGUUUCGUCGGCACGGGAAAGCCGCCGUUCGUAGCGUUGCGAGCCGACAUGGAUGCCCUCGCGAUGCAGGAGAGUGUGGAAUGGGAGCACAAGAGUAAAGUUCCUGGAAAGAUGCACGCAUGUGGCCAUGAUGCUCAUGUUGCGAUGCUUUUGGGAGCUGCUAAGAUCCUUCAAGAGCAUAAGAAUGAACUCAAGGGAACAGUUGUGCUUCUUUUCCAGCCAGCUGAGGAAGGUGGUGGCGGCGCAAAGAAAAUGAUUGAAGCUGGGGCUGUGGAUAACGUUGAAGCUAUAUUUGGUUUCCAUGUUACUACUAAUACACCAAUUGGAAUAGUGGAAUCCCGCCCUGGGCCUGUUAUGGCUGGGAGUGGGUUCUUUGAGGCAGUAAUAAGUGGAAAGGGAGGCCAUGCAGCCAUUCCCCAACAUACAAUAGAUCCAAUAGUAGCUGCUUCUAAUGUCAUUGUUAGCUUGCAGCAUCUUGUUUCACGUGAAGCUGAUCCUUUGGAUUCUCAGGUGGUGACUGUAGCGAAAUUCCAGGGAGGAGGUGCUUUCAACGUCAUCCCUGAUUCUGUCACCAUUGGUGGCACUUUCAGGGCCUUCUCCAAAGAGAGCUUUUUCCAGCUCAAGCAACGAAUUGAAGAAGUGAUAGUUGGACAAGCCUCGGUGCAGAGAUGCAGCGCCGCGGUGAGCUUCCUCGAGAAAGAACGACCAUUCUUCCCUGUCACAAUCAACAAUGAUACCCUCCAUGCUCACUUCAUAAAAGUUGCCGGCGAAAUAGUCGGGCCAGGUAAUAUUCGAGACCGACAUCCAGUGAUGGGCGCCGAGGAUUUUGCCUUUUUCGCCGAGGUUGUGCCGAGUACAUAUUACUACUUUUUGGGAAUGCAAAAUGAGUCAGGUGAGCUCCUGAAGCCAGGUCACUCCCCAUAUUUCACUGUCAAUGAGGAUGUGUUGCCAUAUGGUGCUGCUCUGCAUGCAUCUUUGGCUCAGCAAUUCCUAUUACAAAGGGCUGACUCUGCAUUGCAAUCUCCAUCAGAAUCCCAUAGUUCCUCUCAUGAUGAACUUUAGAUUAUUCUGAUCUUUCAGCCACUUGUUUUGGUCCAAAUGUUACGGGGUUUUAAAUCAGUUCCUCAAGUAUUCUGGAACUGAGAGGAUCAAGCGGCUGUAAAUUGAUAACAAUAUGCGUAUUCUGUAAGCACGACGAUGAGAAUGAUAAAUGUGGAACUGUUUCUUCAGUUAUGUGAAUUACUUGUGCCCGUUCAACGUGGGAAAGACUGAAUUUAUUUGGAUUUUCAU